AUGCACAGUAGACAAGUUUUGCUUAUGGUAGAUAAUUGUCCAGCCCAUAAUAGAAACAUUGAAGGACUACAAAAUGUUGAAUUAUUUUUCUUGCCACCCAACAUGAUAUCCAAAAUUGAACCUUGUGAUGCUGGGCUAAUAAGAGUUUUCAAGAUGUAUUAUCGUAACAAAUUUUAUCGUAAGAUAUUAGAAGGCUAUGAAGUGGGACAAACUGAUCCAGUAAAGAUUAAUGUUUUGGAUUCUAUCAAUUUUGCAAUCCCUGCUUGGACAACAAAUGUUCAGCAAGAGACAAUAGCAAAAAAAUUUCGACACUGUAAAAUUUGUUUGGGGGAUGCAAUCUCAGAGAAUUUGAAUGAACCCACUUGUAAAAACGCCAUUCAUGAACUUGAUGUCAUGAUUACCGAUCUCGCUUAUCACAAUAAAAUGGAUGUCAAUAACCUCUUAGAUUAUCUAGGUGAAAGUGAUACAUGUUCAGAGGUCCAGAACUUAGAAGAAAUUGUGGAUACCAUCGGAAAAAACAAUGUUGAUGACGAAGUCAAAGAUGAUACUAUAACUUUGGAACAAGUUACGCGUAAGGAAGCACUUAUCGCAUCUAGAACUCUUCACAAUUUUAUGAUACAGUUCGAAAAGACAACACCGGAGCUCUUGGAUGCAAUAAGAAAAGUUAGAGAUGAGCUUCAACAAGAUUUAAAUUUAAAAAAAAAAAAAAAAACACAAUAG